CGAAGCAAUUUCUGUUGGAUCUAAAACACUUCGCUCGUAUACAAGUUCAAAACCCUCGAAGCUUUCAAUCAAGCUAAAAUGGCCAAUUCAUCGCCGGCAGUUCUCCCAAUCUCUAAUUCUAAGCCCACCACCGCCGUGGCGUCUGGCGACACUGCUAUCGUAGGACCCACACCGGCUUUGCGUGCCCUCGUAAGCCACAUCACCGACACCGUACGCAACGGGCUCGCCAACCGCCGGCCAUGGACCGAGCUUUUGGACCGCUCCGCCUUCUCAAAGCCGGAGUCCUUCUCUGACGCCACCGUCCGCGUCCGCAAAAACUACACCUACUUCAAGAUCAACUACCUCUCCCUCCUCGCCGCCGUACUCGGGUUCUCUCUCAUAACUAAUCCCUUCUCUCUCAUCCUUCUCUCUGGGCUUCUGGCGGCCUGGCUCUUCCUAUACCUCUUCCGCCCAUCCGAUCCACCUCUCGUCCUCUUCGGUCGCCAUUUUUCCGAACGCGAAACCCUCGGUGCCCUAAUUUUGUCCACGAUCUUCGUCAUCUUCCUCACAAGCGUUGGAUCUGUUCUCGUCUCGGCAUUAAUGAUUGGCGUGGCUAUUGUCUGCGCCCACGCCGCUUUCAGGGUCCCUGAAGAUCUGUUCCUUGACGAGCAAGAUGCACCUACAACUGGAUUUCUGUCUUUCUUCACUGGGGGUGCACCCAAUGUAGGAGCUGCCAUUGUUGCUCCGGCCGUUGCUUCCAGGGUUUGAGCGUCAGAUCUGUGAUCUGUAAAACACUACUGCUGUCUUUAAUGGUAAAUCCUCUGAGGCCGUUCCUCGUAAAUUCUGGAAUUUAUAUACACAUGUUUUUAGUAUUUGAGUUAUAAAAAAAACUAAAUCAAGGAACAUAUGGUGAAAUUGCUGAAUAUAUGCAUGACUGAAACUGUUGUUAUGGGGAACAGAUGAUCAUAUUAUGGCAGAUCUAUGAAAUUGUUACUUUUGUGUAAUCUGGUUACAGUGACUUAGAUCUUUGUUAAUGGUUUUUAUGCAUUCUUUUAUUGUUCUUAAACAUUUGUUAAAUAGUGACACCAUUGUUCUAUCAUAAUGCAAAUGAAAUUCGGAUACUGUG